AUGAGUUCUAUUCGUAUCUUAGCGUUUGGUGCAUCGUUAACUGAAGGUUACCAUUCAUUGGGUUAUGAAUUUCAUCCUUAUACAAUUCGUCUUUCUCAACUUCUUCGUUCAUCAUUUGAAACAGUUGAUAUCAAUAACGCAGGUGUAAGCGGUGAAGCUAUUUUAAGUGGAACAAUGUUACCACGACUUAAACAAUUAUUAUCAUCUGCAAAAAAUAAAUAUGAUUGGGUACUUAUUCUAGCUGGUACAAAUGAUACUGUACGCGAUCAACAAAAAGCCUCGAUUAUCUUUGAUACUUAUAAAUUAUUAAUUAAUGAAUGUCAUAAACAUGAAGCUCGAGUACUUGCCAUGACUUUACCAGAAGCAUUCUAUCCAAGAAAUUCUCCAUUCGAUGUAAAACGACAAGAAUUCAAUCGAUUAUUAAAAGAAGAAUUAAUAUCAAACAACAAUGAUAAUAAUAGUAAUAAUAUUGUAGUUCUUGAUGUUGAUAAACUUUUACCACAAUAUUCACUUUCAAAAAAUGAACGUCAACAGAUUUGGGAUGAUGAAUUACAUUUAACACCAAAAGGAUAUGAUCAAUUAGGACAAUUGAUCUUUGAUGUACUAAAACCUUACCUAACAUAG